AUGGCCUUUUCUACCCUCCCGUUGAUCCUGCUCCUGCCACUUGUCAGUGGCCAGGUGUUCCACUGGGGUCCCUGCCCGGAGGCGUCUGUCCAAUCAGGUUUUGACAUCCAUAAGUAUCUCGGAAGGUGGUUUGAGAUUGAGAAAUUACCAGCGUUCUUUGAGAAGGGAAAGUGCAUCGAGGCAAACUACUCUCUCAGACCAGAUGGGACCAUCAAAGUAUUUAACUCUGAGUUGCGAAAUGGAAAGGUGAAUUCAAUCGAAGGGACGGCUGUUGUGCAAGAUAUUAGACAGCCAGCCAAACUCGGAGUCAGCUUCUUUUUCUUUACCCCCUACAGCCCUUACUGGGUCCUGUACACUGACUAUGAGAACCUGGCCAUGGUCUACUCUUGCAUUGACGUUCUUAGGCUGUUCCACGUCGACUAUGCCUGGAUCCUCGGGCGUGCACGUGCACUGCCUGUGGCGACCACCAACAGAGCUAAGAUGGUGUUCAGCAACAACAACAUCGAUGUCAGCAAAAUGAUCUCCACAGACCAGAAAGGCUGUGGCAAUAGUACUACACAAUGGGAACAAUGA